CCUGGCGGAGGAAGCUGCCAGUUGCUAGGAUACGGCCAGCAACAGAACAUCUAAGCAGGAGGAAGCGGCUUCUGAGGACUGGAGAAACCUUUUGGUCUGUAUGUAACAGCUGUGUUUCUUGAGCAGGAAAAUGUCUGACACAGAGGAGCAUGUUGAUCCUGAGAAAAAAGCCGAGUCCACAGCAGACAGCGAAGCUACUGCUGAUGUUAUCAGUAUACCUCGUCCUUUAGAAGAUGCAGAGGAGUCAGAUUUUACUGUAGAGGAGGAAUCUGAAAUCGAGGAAUUCACCACCGAGAGCGAGGAAACAACAGAGGGGCAGAGUGAACGCACCAUUUCAACUGCAAAGUCCUAUGAAGCCAAACCCAGGGAAGAGAUUGUGUCCCCUGAAAAUACUGCAUAUUCUCAGGAAGAACAGACACAUCCGGAUUAUCAGAGCCCAGAAGAUGACGAGAUGAAGUUGCUGAGUAAAAUAAAAGCUUCAAAGGAGACUUUGCAGAAAUCAAUAAGUGAGGCUUCAGCAACAGUAAAAUUUGUACUUGUUCCUGUAGCCCAGGAAAUCAUAAUGCCUGUUAGAGUUGAUAUUCCAUUUAGAUAUCUCAAGGAGCACUUUGCACGCAUAUUACGUAUCCCACAUUAUGUACUGCAAAUAACACAUGCAGGAAUAAUUGUUGGGAAUAGUGAGAGUCUAAUCCAAUACGGAGUUAAACCACAAGAAAUUGUCCAAGUGGAGAUAUUUUCCACACAUCCCGAUCAAUAUCCAAUCAGGAGAGUAGAAGGCCUGAGUGAGGGCUCCCAUAUCAUAACAGUCACCAUACAGACUGGCACUGAUCGCUAUGAGGAGGUCGCUGUUGAGAUAGUAAAAUCUGACUUCCACAAGCCAUUUCUCGGUGGAUUUAGACAUAAAACAACAGGAGUAGAAUAUCACAAUGCUGGAACACAAACCAUACCUAGGAAGAUUCCUGAAAAACCCAAUCGGUUUUGUAGGGACACCCAGACAGUUUUUCAGAGGAAAAAGGUACAACAAACUGCAAAUACAACAUCCACUCAGAUGACUAAAAUUGGUGUGUAUGUAUCAAACUUGACUGAUAAACUGCUCAAGCCAGGGAGGUACUUCACAGCAGCAGAGUUCCACGCUCGGAGACUGAAGGCGGUGAUAGUGAUACAGACUCGCUACAGGCAAUGGCAUGCUAAGCGGUAUGUAGACAGUUUAAGAGAACAGAAGAGAAAGAGGCUGGACUGGGAAGAAGAGCAAGAGCUCAAGAAGAUCAGGGAAAAGGAAGAGUGGCUGCAGAUGGACUACUACCGGAGGCACAACCCUAAGACAAGCGAGGACUUUGAGCUCCUUUACAAUGCUCUAGAACUUUGGCGGCAAGAAGAAAUUACACAAAUUGACCAAUAUUCGAGUCAAGCCGAGAGGAAAGCUGCCCUGUGUGAGCUUUUGGAAAAAGAGACACAGAUCAUUUCUUCCAUCGGGAGACAUAGAUAUAUUGCUAAUAUGGAGCGCCAGGAAGCAGCUAUACAACGUUUUCUGGAAAAGUGUUCAGCUCCAAAGACCUGGAGAAACCCUGAUGGCAAAAUCAUUGAAAUGGACACACAGUUCACUCUAAGAGCCAGAGAGCUGCAAAGCAUCUACAAGUGUGUCAUGCUGAGAGACCUCUCUCAGGAUGAAAGGCUGGACAUCCUCCUGACGCUCAAGCACACCGUGAAGGAACAUGAAUGUAAACUGACCCAAGAAAUCUUAGAAUUGAUUGACAGAGAAGUUGACCUCAUGAUGAGAGGAGUCAAACCUCAUAAUCUUGAAGGACUCAGAAAAAGAAUUACGACACUCUUUUUUCACUAUAUCAAAACACCUCUGUUUAAUCCUGAAGUUGCAAGAUACCUUAAGGUCCCUCAAGACCCACUGAAGUUUUACGAUAAGAUUUAUUUUUGCCACAGUUGCCAGUUGUAUUUGCCUUCCGUGGAAUUUUCUGUGUCACCCACCUCACAUCGUGUGUACCGCUGCCGACACUGUGUGAACCUGGAGAAUGAGACUCAAAAACGGGAGUCGUUUUUGAAGUACAAGUGUUUACUUCAGCGGCUCUACUACUCAGAAGCUGAUUAUGGGGAUGACUCUCAGAUCGCUUUCCUCAUGCAGCUCCAAGAUAUUAAGUACUUGACAGAGAACAUCUGGGCAUCCCAGUCCAUCCUCAGUGCCUGGGAUGAUCUCAAUGACCUGGUCAUGGUCAGGUGGGAUAAGAACGUGGAAUGGUCUCCCUGGAACUGCAUUCUUCUCACCAAGGAUGAAGGGGUAGCUCAUCUCAAGCUACAGAGUAUUGAGCAGGGGUAUGGACGCCUUUUUAUUCACAAGAUCAAGCACAAGCAUAUCCUGGCUAAAAACUAUUUUUCACAGAUUCCAAUGCUUGCUUCACUUAUGCUUCAAGAUGGGGAAGUAGACGAUAUCAGAAGUAAAUACUGCACAGAUAAACCACCUAAAAUUAUAGAACCCCAUGGGACUCGACCUUAGGAGGUUCAGGAAUACCAGCCUGAUGAUGAGCAUUUUUGUUCUCUACCAAGAGGUAGAGGUAGAGGUCAUGUAAUAUGGGAACCGCUUUUAUAUUUCCAUUUGUAUUUGUUUUAUUCACAUUAUUUUAAGCUAUAUGACUAGAAAAAAAUCUGUAUACAUGAACCAUUGUUGGGUGAUUAGUAUUUACAGUCAAAAUACAACAGCUAAACCAAACCUUGGCUUAAGUUUCAAUGAAAAUAGUUCAUUUACCAUAUAUUUUAUGAGUGUAAUUAUUCUCUAUACAUACCUGUAUUUUGAUAUAAGUAUUUGGAAUUUUUUACUUUUAUUGUCUACUUUUACCUUUUAAUUGCAUAAUCCAAGAAAAGAAAGUGUAACAAACAAAAAAAUCUGCAUUACAUGCCAUGAAACAAGGCAAACAGUGGAAAUGUUAUUUAUGGAGGAGCCUUCCUGUGGGGCAAUAUUGAAAUUCAGUAAGAAGUAUGAACUUGAUCAAAUCAACUGUCAGCCUACUUCUCAAUAAACUCAACAAUAACCUUG